AUGGAAGUCAUUACGGAGAGGUUCUACUCGAACCUUUUCCGUUCAUCAACUCCUGUGUUAAGCCCGAUCUUCCCCACUGAUGAAGUUCCGCCACGGAUUCUCCCUUUGAAAGUACGAGUCGCUAUCAAGAGCAUGAAACCUGGCACAGCCCCCGGACCUGAUUUUAUAUCAGCAGACUUUCUUCGGGCUAGUGGCCAUCCGCUUCAUGUAAUCUUAGCAGCGCACAUGACAUCCUACCUUCAGAAAAAAAGGAUCUCAGACCAGUGGAAGGCCUCGCGAACCGUUCUUAUCCAUAAGAAAGGUGACCGAGAGGACCUUCGGAACUACCGUCCGAUAUGCUUGCUGAGCGUGUUAUACAAAGUAUUCACCAAAAUCAUCCUCAUGCGCAUAUCUAGGACGCUGGAUGAAGUCCAGCCUCAAGAACAAGCUGGAUUCCGUCAGGGGUUCGGCUGCAUGGACCACAUCCAGACCGUGUCGAGGGUCAUAGAGGUUUGCCGGGAAUACCGCCUACUCCUUGUUCUAACCUUCGUCGUCUAUGAGAAAGCCUUUAACAGUGUAGAAACUAAUGCAGUACUGUCAGCGCUGGUCGAUCAAGGUGUGUAUGUGAGGACCUUAGCCAAUUGCUACGACCGAUGCACGACUAGUAUACAGCUUUUCCACCGCCCUUUCACCAUACCCAUUGGAAAGGGGGUACGACAAGGCGAUACUAUAUCGCCGAAGCUGUUCACGGCUGUAUUGCAAUGGAUAAUGAAACCACGUUCCUGGGAAGAAGGGGGCCUACGUGUUGAUGGAAGAUUUCUCUCAAACCUUCGUUUCGCAGACGACAUCGUUCUCUUUUCGAGCAGUACCAAUGAAGCAGAAACGAUGUUCAACGAAUUGAACGAAGCAGGAAAGAGAAUAGGACUGCGAAUAAACAGGAAGAAGACACAGUUCAUGAAGACCGCCUACUGCGAGGACGGAGGAGUACAACUUGAAGCUCCCAAAUCGUGGAAACUUCGUCAUACGUAUACCUCGGACGUUCUAUGA